AUGCGCCUCGCCCGCCGUGCCUUCUCCUCCGUCCCUCCGUUCGCCGCCGCCGUCGACGACGCCCUUCUCACGCGCCUCGAGCGUGCAGCGCACCGCGUCACCACUAACGCCUCCAUCUGCGACCGGCACGGCGACGAUGAGUCGCACCACCGGUCAGUACCUCCCUCGGCUGUUGUUUACGCUCACUCGACUGAGGAGGUGCAGGCGGUGGUGCGCGUGUGCGCCGAGACCCGCACGCCGCUCAUCUCGUUCGGCGCCGGCACGAGCCUCGAAGGCCACAUCCAGGCGGUGCAAGGCGGCGUCUGCCUCGACCUGUCGGAGAUGAACGCUGUGCUCGAGGUGAACCCCGAGGACCUCGAUUGCCGGGUGCAGGCGGGCAUAACUCGGAAGAGCCUGAACGACCACCUGCGAGACACCGGCCUCACCUUCCCUGUCGACCCGGGAGCCGACGCCUCCCUCGGAGGGAUGGCCGCUUGCGGCGCCUCUGGCACCACCGCGGUCAAGUACGGCACGAUGCGCGAGAACUGCCUCGGCCUGACGGCGGUGCUGGCCUCGGGUGAGGUUGUGCGCACCGGUGGGCGGGCCCGCAAGUCGAGCGCCGGGUACGACCUCACUCGGCUGCUCGUCGGGAGCGAGGGCACGCUCGCUGUGCUCACCGAGGUGCAGCUGAAGCUGUAUCCUCUCCCGGCCGCAGUCUCCGCCGCGACUUGCUCCUUCCCGACCCUCUCGGAUGCCGCGAGGGCGGUCGCGGGCCUGCUGCAGUGCGGGGUGCCGGUGUCUCGAAGCGAGCUGCUCGACGCGUCAGCAAUCGCCGCCUUCAACAAGUACUCCACCGAAGUUGCCGACCUGCAGGAGGCGCCGACGCUCUUCCUCGAGGUGGAGGGUGUGAGCGAGGCGGCCGUCGAGGCGGCCGCGGCCGUGGCUCGCGAGUGCUGCGCCGACUCCGGCGGGGGCGAGUUCCAGUGGGCCACGUCGGAGAGCGAGCGCAGGAGGCUGUGGGCCGCCCGCCACGCCACCUACUACGCGUCGCUGGCGCUGCGCCCAGGGAGCCGCGGCGUGGUGACGGAUGCGGUCGUGCCGCUCUCUCGCCUGGCGGAGGUGAUGGGCGAGACGGCGGCCGAUGUGGCGGAGGCGGGGGUGGUUGGGCCCAUCUUUGGCCACGCGGGCGACGGAAACUUCCACUGCAUCCUGCUGCUGCGCGACGAGGACCCGCCCGACUACGUCGAGCGGCUGAGCCAGCUCAAUGACCGCCUGAUCCGCCGCACCCUCGCCGCCGGCGGCUCCUGCACGGGAGAGCACGGCGUGGGGGUGGGGAAGAAGCAGUACCUGGCGCGCGAGUUUGGAGAGGGCGCGGUGGAGAUGAUGAGGACGGUGAAGCGGAGUUUGGACCCGCUCGGGAUCCUGAAUCCCGGGAAGGUUGUGGACGUCUCGAAGCACGAAGCAGUUUUGUGA